AGGUGUCAGUGCGCGUGCGUGUGUCCGUGACUUUUCUUCUCCGGCUUCAUCAACCUUCAUGGAGUUUUGCACGUGAAAAUAUUCGUCCCAAACCGAGCUGUAUCCCAUCACCACAGCUGUCCAGCCAUGGCCAAAUAUCUGGCUCAGAUCAUUGUAAUGGGGGCUCAGGUGGUCGGACGAGCUUUUGCCAGAGCUUUACGUCAAGAAUUUGCAGCCAGUCAGGCGGCUGCGGAGGCUCGAGGUCAAGCAGGCAGACAGUCUGCGGCGGCGUCCAGUUUCACAGGAAUGACCUUACAGGAAGCCCAGCAGAUACUUAACAUCUCCACCCUAACGCCAGAGGAGAUCCAGAAGAAUUAUGAGCACUUAUUUAAAGUCAAUGAAAAAGCUGUCGGCGGGUCUUUCUAUAUUCAGUCAAAGGUAGUGCGAGCUAAAGAGCGUCUGGAUGAAGAGCUCAGCAUUAAUCAGCAACAACAAACAAAAAGUAAACCACCAGAUGAACAUCAGCAGCAGACAUGAGCUUCAUUCUCAUCCUCCACUGUAAUUAUCACCCAAACCCCAAUAAAACAUGCUCCUUUUCUACA